CGCGCUUCCUGAACUUGAAGGAGCCGGGGCCGGGAGGAUGCUGCUGGUGGACGGAAUGCGGUACGCCCACAGGUUGUGUGGCCUGGGAGCCGGAGCGGCUCUGCGGGGACCCGCAGGCCGGAGCGGCCUGCGCAGCUGGGGUCGCGCCCGGGGAGUCAGCACCAGCUAGUCGCUGGUGGGCGCCGCCUUCAACGUCAAGCCCCAGGGCCGCCUGUGGGACCUGCUGGGAGAGCGCCGGGGUCUUUUUGGAGUUCCUGAGCUCAGCAGCCCCGAAGGAUUCCAUGUUGCCCAGAAGGAGGCCUUGAGGAAGACGGAGCAGCUGGUGGAGCGAGCAUGUUCCACACCCCCAGGGCCGCAGACAGUCCUCAUCUUUGAUGAGCUCUCGGAUUGCCUGUGCAGAGUGGCCGACUUGGCAGACUUUGUGAAAAUCGGACACCCCGAGCCUGCCUUCAGAGAGGCUGCGGAAGAGGCCUGCAGGAGCAUCGGCACCAUGGUGGAAAAGUUGAAUACGAAUGUGGAAUUGUAUCAGAGUCUGCAGAAAUUACUAGAUGAUAAGAAGCUUAUGGAUUCCCUUGAUGCAGAAACCAGGCGAGUGGCUGAACUAUUUAUGUUUGAUUUUGAAAUCAGUGGAAUACAUCUAGAUGAAGAAAAGCGCAGAAGAGCAGUGGACCUCAAUGUUAAGAUCCUGGAUUUGAGCAGUACUUUUCUUAUGGGAACCAACUUUCCCAACAAGAUACAGAAGCAUCUCUUACCAGAGCACGAUCAGCACCACUUUGCCCACGAUGGGAAUUAUGCAGUCAUUGAUGGUCUACAUGCAGAAGCCUCAGAUGACUUGGUCCGGGAAGCUGCUUAUAAAAUUUUCCUUUAUCCUAGUGCUGGUCAGUUGAGAUGCUUAGAAGAAUUGCUGAGCAGCAGAGAUCUUCUGGCAAACUUAGUAGGCUAUUCUACAUUUUCCCACAGAGCCCUCCAGGGAACCAUAGCUCAGACCCCAGAGACUGUCAUGCAGUUCCUUGAGAAACUCUCUGACAAACUCUCUGAAAGAACUGCAAAAGAUUUUGAGAUGAUGAGAGGAAUGAAAAUGAAACUAAACCCUCAAAACUCGGAGCUAAUGCCUUGGGACCCCCCCCCCUACUACAGUGGUGUGAUUCGUGCUGAGAGGUAUAAUAUUGAGCCCAGUUUAUAUUGCCCAUUUUUCUCCCUUGGAGCUUGCAUGGAAGGCCUGAACAUCUUAUUUAACAAACUUUUGGGCAUCACCUUAUAUGCACAGCAGCCUGCAAAAGGAGAGGUGUGGUGUGAUGAUGUCCGGAAGCUGGCUGUUGUUCAUGAAUCUGAAGGGUUGCUGGGGUACAUUUACUGUGAUUUUUUCCAGCGAGCAAACAAGCCACAUCAGGAUUGCCACUUCACCAUCCGAGGGGGCAGGCUGAAGGAGGAAGGAAGCUACCAGCUCCCGGUCGUUGUUCUCAUGCUGAAUCUUCCCCAGUCCUCCAGGAACGCCCCCACCUUACUAACGCCUGGGAUGAUGGAAAAUCUCUUCCAUGAAAUGGGACAUGCCAUGCAUUCCAUGCUCGGACGAACUCGCUACCAACAUGUCACUGGUGAGGGAGGCUUGUUUUGGGGAUCUGUGGUGAUUUCUAGUGUCUGCCAUUGCUUCCUAAGUCUUUCAUCUCAGAAUUCCUAGGUCCUUUCCUGCUCUUCUUUCUAGAUAGGAGGACGUCUCAGCUGUCAAUCUUGAAGUUGUACACAUUUAUAUUUUAUGAUGUCACAGGGAACUUAUAUUUGUGUGUGUUUGUAAGAAUAGGGGU